UUCUCCAAGUACUUUUACAAUUUGACACCAUCAGGGGCAAUUUUUUUUCAUUUUAAGCCUCUAGAUAAUCCAAAUAUUCGCAAUUCAGGCUUUUCUUUCUUUCGAAAUUGUACGACUUUUUUGGGGGAUUUGUUUCGUUUUUUGGCUUGAAAUUGAAACCGAAGCACGGUCAAGAUCGGCCAAAUGAUCGUGCGAAUGUUACGGACUCCUCUUCUGUCACUCUCCAAACCUCAGGUCCCUCUCGUUUCGUUUCAAAUCGUUUUUGGACCUCGCGGACGUUCCGGUGCACAAGUGACUGAGAUUCUUCGUGAUCGUACUGGAAUUUCGUCAAACAAGAUCUGGGUUUAUGGAUUCAGAACGUUUUGCACUGGCACUGAUAAGGAUUUGUUGACUAGAAAGUGUGUGCCAUGCAACUCAAAGGAUGUACGGCCCAUGACUGAAGAAAGUGCUAGUAAACUGAUUCCAAAGGUAGAUGGUUGGAGUUUGGUAAACGAAGGUGGUACAUUGAAGCUAAGAAGGUCUUGGAAAGUGAAGAGUUUCAUCAAAGGAUUGGAGUUGUUUCAACUUGUAGCUGAUAUUGCUGAAGCAGAAGGCCAUCAUCCGGAUCUGCAUCUUGUCGGAUGGAACAAUGUAACAGUUGAAAUAUGGACACAUGCAGUUGGUGGACUGACAGAAAAUGACUUCAUACUUGCCGCCAAGAUCAAUGUGAUUGACCUGCACCACCUCCUUAGAAAGAAGGUUAAUACUCCUUGAAAGGUCAACAGAAUUUUGCAAGCUCCAUGGAACGUUAAACUAUCUGCAAAAUAGAGAUGUUUUCACUUGUUGAAACUUACAAGUCCGUAACAACUGUGUUAUGCGACUUCUUUCAUUAUUUUAAAUGUUUUUGGUCAAGAUCUGUAACAUGGCUAAUGCUUUGUUCUAUUAAAUUUUGACUUUUUUUUUUCUUUUGAGGAUUCUACAAAGAUAAUUAAAUGUAGCAUAUGCUACUUGCCAGUUCCCCAUUUUAAUUUUUUUUACAGA